AUGGCACGUCCUCCCAUUUACAAGACAGAGGAAGCUAAACAAGCAGCAGCUCGAGAAAGACACCGACAUCAUUAUGCAAAAAAUAGAGACAGUAUAUUGAAAAGGCGGCGAGACCUUCGCAUCAUCAAGCCAUCGCAGGAGAUUCAAGAGAUUGAAAAGGCCCUUGCCAAAGCCUUGGGCUAUGAUGAUGACAAAGAUGAUACUACUACAUCCGAGAUCGAGACGAGCGAUGAUGAGAACAAAUUAUUGGAUCUCCCAGAGUGCCUGCUCGCUCUCAAAAACAUCAAGGACGAGAUGCUGGAAUUAGUGCAAGAACCUCGCGCAUUUACAGAGGGCAUUCUCACUCAGUAUGUCAAAAGCUUGCCGGAUGAUGGGUAUAGCAAGGGUGACACCUCAAUCGUCAAAACUGCAAAAGAUAAGAUUGAAGGCUUACUCCACCAUGCAACUCCCGCACAGGAUCUGAUCAAGGAUUUCUGUGGAGUGUCAGAUCAGUCUCGUGCCGCUGAAUCAGUCACUCGUUUCUUAAGCACCACACUUGCUUAUCUGGACGAUAUUCAAUUUUUUUUGGAUAUUGAAGGACUUUCGGAGUUGACAGUGGCCCACUCAAUGGGAGAGUUGAUGUACCAGAAGGGUAUCCAUCUCUAG